AAAGGACACAAAACAAAAUAUCCUCAAGAGUAAAGUAAACAUUUUCUCUCUCUGAGAGAACUCAUUUUCACAACUUAUUCACAACACAAAAAACACGCUUCAACCUAUCAUCUGAAAUUGACCGGAGAUAUGGCCAUAGUUGACGAUACACCGUCGUCAGACGCCGGCAACGGCAGCGGCAGCAACGGCAGCAAAGUUUGGGGACUAUUCAAGCUACCGUUUCGGAGCACUAACAACAGUACAACACACACAACUUCUUCAUCUUCUUCAUAUCCAAUUGAAGGAUACAACACUCACAACAACAACAUCACCGGAAACAAUAACAAUAAUAAUCAUAGCUCCAGCUCUGUUUCGUCUGUGGCUAGAUCUCUGCUUCCGACACGACGUCGUCUCCGACUUGAUCCGCGGAAUAAGCUCUAUUUUCCAUAUGAACCGGGUAAGCAAGUCCAAAGUGCUAUCAAGAUCAAGAACACUAGCAAGUCUCAUGUAGCUUUCAAGUUUCAAACAACCGCUCCAAAAAGCUGCUUCAUGCGUCCUCCUGGUGCUAUUCUUGCUCCCGGCGAGACUAUUAUUGCAACCGUUUUUAAGUUUGUGGAGCCUCCAGAGAACAAUGAAAGACCAAUGGAACUAAAACGAAAGGUGAAAUUCAAAAUCAUGAGCCUGAAAGUCAAAGGGAUGAUGGAUUACGUACCUGAGCUAUUUGAUGAGCAGAAAGACCAAGUGGCGGUGGAGCAGAUAUUGCAAGUUGUUUUUCUAGAUGUUGAACAUCCUACUCCCGCCCUGGAAAAACUGAAGCUGCGGUUAGCCGAGGCAGAGGCCGCCCUUGAAUCCCGCAAGAAACCUCCAGAGGAAAUUGGUACCAAAGUUGUCGGUGAAGGCCUUGUAAUAGAUGAAUGGAAAGAAAGAAGAGAGAGAUACCUGGCCCGACAACAAGUUGAAGGUGUAGACUCGGUGUAAUAACAAAAAAAGAUUGGUGAACCGUACAAGUGUACAACCGAUCUUUUUUAAAUUCGUUUUGUAUCAUUUCAAUCAAUUGGUGAACAAAAAGUCUGGCACAAAACAAAUUGUUAAAACAUGUUUACAAUGUAAAAAGCUUUCGUGGGUUGAGUCGAUUCGAGUUAUGUUUCAAGUUAA